AUGUGCGGUCGAUCAACCUCCACGACUUCGAACUUAACGGACGCCACCUUAUUUUUAAUCUCUUUCGCUUUACCGCAUGUUCGCCAGAAUGGCACCGAUUCUCAGGAGUAUGCCGCCAUUAUAUCUCUCCUCCUCCUCCUCGAGAUGGCCGUACCGGAGGACCGCGAUGAGAAAGACGGUGCAUUCCGGAGGUUCGUCACGAAGAUAAGAGGCAAGAAGGAGAAGCGCGAUUGCUUCCACUGCAGUACGCCGACAACACAGGGCCCGCUCUACGGCGUCAUCAUCUGCCCUUCCUGCCAGAAGAAGGCGGGGCCAUGGGCAAGAUCGGCUAAACCGUGUUGCCAGCGUAUGAAGGGAUGUGAUGAUUUGGCCAUCUACGUGGACGACAUCGGUUUUGCCGAGGCCGAGUUGGAGGCGUACACGCGUAUUCUGGAAAUCCUGAGAGGCAGGGCAUGCUGGUACUGCCAGAUCGUUGCCACGCCGCUCGCCCGUGCAGUCACAGAUUGGAAGGGCCAGCAAGCACCUGGGAAAACUCGAGGCGCCCGACGGGCAGCUGCCCCCGCCGCGACAACCAUCAUCGGAAUGCUCCUCUUCUUCAUGCUGCUCGGAAUGGCCACUGCAACCUCCAGCGGCGCCAAACGGGCUGCUGCCCCCGUCGCCACAAACAUCAUUGGAAUGCUGCUCAUCGUGUUCAUGCUGCUCGGAAUGUCUACUGCAACCUCCACGACCUACGACGAGCUCGAGCGAGGCGACCUCUACGGCCUCAACCAAUACAAGAGCCAACUAUUCGCCAAUCAAUUCGAGUACGAUGCCGUUCACCUGUUCGGCGUCGUCGAGCGGUAUCAGCAAAAGUGGAAGCUCGCCGACCAGCUCGCCAACGACUUGGACGACAAAUGUCAACAGCACGAGGAUGACGCCUUCGCCAAGGACGAGAGGAUUCGGAAGCUUGAAGCGGAACGAUGCCCGAGCGCAACUCGCUGCGCAGCUUUCGGAGAGCAACGCGCUCAAGUUGGACUUGAAGGACCUGGAGGCGAAGUUCAAGUUCGUCCAGAAAAGCCGACCCAGAAGAUGAGGACAAUGGGCCAUCAGCGGGCCCGAGCGGUCUCGACCCCGAAAUGGCCGAGA